AUGUAAAAUCAAUAUGGAUGGAACUUACUUUAAGCUCCAAUAAAUUUGUCAAUUAAUGCAAAUACUACUUAAUUGUGUUUAACUGAUUUGCCUCCUUAAACUAGAAAAGUGAAAUUAUAUAUUUGUUCAUAAUCAGGAAAUUGUUGUGGUGAUCAUAUAGUUACUUGGAGUUUAUUUACAAAGGUAGAUAUAACAAAAGUAACAGGACAUCCUUAUGACCAAAAUGCUUGGUCAGUAAUUAGUGAUAAUUGCACUUUGACACUUGAUGAGAGAAAAAUCAUAGAAGUAAGUAGAUACGGUAAUUUCCCAGCUGGAAAUUUUUCUAUCAGUGUAUAAGUCUUAGCAUAUAAAUGA